AUGUUGAGUCGAAGCUAUAGUUACACCGCACCGUCGCCAGCCCGGAGGAGGUCUGUCUCGCUGUCACGGUCGUCGUCAUUUUUAAUCAGCCCGUCUGUUACUUUGUACCGAAGUACAUCAAGCGUCUUCUCCAGCUCGCCGAGAUCUUACCUGCCCGCUUCUUUCUACCGACCGAACGUUAUGGUAUCUUAUGGAGUGCAAAACAGCGUACCAAAAUAUACUGAUAGAUAUCCAUAUGUUCGGUAUAGCGGAUGGGACGUCAAUCCCGGCAUGGAAAUAAUCAGUCGAAGCAGUGACUACACUAGGAACCACUACACCCAGAGUUACAAACCGGUGCGCCAGUACCUAGACAAUACCCUGUCUAUGUACCAAACGAACGUGCAUAUCAGAAACUCAUAUAAACCGUCCCCGAUUCACUACAGACCACCAACACGCUCUUAUAUCAAGUACAUGAACGUUGAUGAUGCUGUGAACAUGUACAAGAAUCGAUAUAUGACAUCCGGAGCACUUGUAAAGUACUGGCUAACGCCUUCCAGGUCUGAUAUCAGAAGAAGAAGAGAUUUGGGAUCAAGCUACUUUGCCAGAACCUACACUGUUCCAUCCUACAGGAUGGACUUUGGAUAUCGACUUUCCCGUUAUUAA